AUGACUAUUAUGACUGAACUAACAGAUAUACCAAUGGAGGAAGAACUUGCUCAGAUCAAGCGAUUUAAACGUCAAGUGAUGGUGAAACUCUCUGGAAACUAUCCCCCUUUAAAUCAAUCACAGGAAGGUGUGAUAUUUCCUGAGGUCAGAGGGGAGACAUCUAAUCGAGGAAACAAGCUAUUACAACAUGCAGAUGCUGUAACAUACUCAAAGCUCCGUGAAAAGGAACAUGGGUCCAAAGUGUUUUAUAAUGGAGCGGAACAUAAACUUUUGUCGCGGAAAAGGAUGAAAUUCAACAACGGUAGCCAUAGGAGGUCUGGUAAAAGAACCACUGCAGAUACCGGUGAUGAGAGUGAGGACAGUGCAGAUUACAGUGACGGCGAUAAUGAUCUAAACAAUUUGGUUGCAGUGAAGGAAAUUCUUUCACCCAUUUCAUCACUUAAGGACGUCAUACAACAUCCAUCACAUUCAAGAACCUUUGGGAACCAGGCAUUAAAAGAAUUGGCUUUGAGUAAUGUUUUGAUGGUAGAGAAGGAACAAGAAAAUGUUAUCAAUUACUCUAAACUUCUCGAGAUCUUCUUGGGAGAUUUCCCAGAUGCUUUAUACGAGGAUGCUUUGAAGCUACCUGAAUAUGAUCAUAAGCUGACUUUCAAAGAAGAAGACGAUGAGAAUUAUAUCAGUGCCAGUUCAAAUAGCAAAUCAAUUAAACCUGAGGAUGAAGAAGCAUUUUUUGGAUUAUCAAAGUUUACGGAAUCUGAAACCUUGCUAUCACUCAUACCGAAACAUUUUCAUACUGGUGAUAUGACCGUGCCGAUAAGUAAUGAAAUCUCUGAUGACAUCGAGACAACAAGACAAUUAGCUCAGAUAGCUUUACAAAGAAAUCAAGAAUUUAUCAGAAAUUUACAAAAGAUACGAAACUGUAUUAUUAAAGCUAAUAGAAUAAGAGAACGUAUUCUGAUGUGGGGCAAAGAAUUUGCAGGAAUAUCCGAAAAGGGAGUAACGAUUCCCAACGCAUUGCACGUAGUCAAACGUGGAUUGAUAAGUGCCACGACCAAUCAGACUCAACUUUUGGGUGCAGAAGAAUCGGAUAACGAAGAAUAA